UUGCCUGUGGGUCCUGCGAAUAAUAAUAAACACGGGCCUGGUUCCACCGCCUUCGUGCCUCAAACGUCGCAUGCUCUUAAAACAAGAAAUUUUGUAAAAUACUUUUAGGCGAACCGCUCAUCAAUACAUUUUUUGCUGCUUAGGCAUAUUUACGUGCUUUCUACAAAUUCAUUUCAUACGCAAACGUAUGAAUAUUACCAAACGACGAUCGUCAUAACUGAUCGGAUGGUGAUUUUCUUUCGAGACGCGUUUUGAUCGUUGUUAGGUUUAGCGUUUUUCAAAUUGAACCGAAUUUGCACUGACUGGAAAACAUUUCGUUUAUUUAAGGGCGGCGCUGUUAAGCCAUGUCUGGAAUUUCUUUGAGUAGACUGUCACAGGAGCGAAAAGCAUGGAGGAAGGACCACCCUUUUGGUUUUGUUGCAGUUCCAACCAAGAACCCAGAUGGCACCAUGAAUCUCAUGAAUUGGGAAUGUGGAAUACCAGGGAAAAAGGGGACUCUUUGGGAGGGUGGCUUGUACAAACUGACAAUGCUAUUUAAAGAUGAUUACCCGUCUUCUCCACCAAAAUGUAAGUUUGAGCCCCCAAUCUUUCAUCCAAACGUUUAUCCUUCUGGUACAGUGUGUCUGUCCAUACUGGAGGAAGAGAAGGACUGGAGGCCAGCCAUCACCAUCAAACAAAUUUUGCUGGGCAUCCAGGAGCUCCUGAAUGAGCCCAACAUUCAGGACCCUGCACAAGCCGAGGCCUAUACGAUAUACUGUCAAAACAGGAUGGAUUAUGAAAAGCGUGUGAGGGCACAAGCUAAGAGAUUUGCUCCAACAUAGAACGGGAAGUACACGAAGUGGCAGCCUGUGCUGAACAUCACGUUUUUGCAUAGUUUCCGUUCCAGGACCGUUCACCACUCAAGAAAGUCCUACAACUGCAGCUGAGUAGAACUGUGGCUAAAGAUUUGCUCAAUCCUGCUUCUGCACAGAACUGAGCCAAGAACCCAGUACAGACCAGUAUAAAGAUGAAAAGAACCCAGAAGAGAGUUGAUGUUGCCUGUUCUGUGACUAUACUGUUGGUGAUUGUGUUUUAAUGGUAAACCGGUUGAAGUUGCUGUAGAACAACUUUUACCCUAAGCAAUGAUAUCAUAGGACGUAUGACUAUAAACAACCGGAAGUUUCUUAUAUGUGACAAGUCUAUGUAAGUGCAUGAAUUAGUGGGAUUAAAAUGAAAAAGUGGUUAUUACAUUA